UGAGAGGAGAAAAAAAUGGAAAUUGAAUUACGUGAUAAUGAGGUUAAUUGUAAUACACAGUCGUUAAGGAUUGAUUUUACUGAAGAUGAAACAGAAGAAGAGAAAACAUCAUUUCACUGUGAUGUCUGCAACAAGUCCUUCUUUCUCAAAGAUGAACAGAAGAUUCAUGAAUGUUUCCAUGCAGGAGAGGAUCUCUAUCGCUGUGACAUCUGUGGUAAAUCAUUCUCUGAAAAGGUUCGUUUGACCAAACAUAAACACAUUCACGCAGGUGUCGAGCCGUAUCGCUGUAACACCUGUGGUAAAUCAUUCUCUCAGAAUCAUAGCUUAGCUAUUCACAAAUGCAUCAACAUCGUGGUUAAGUCACAUCAUUGCGAUAUCUGUGGUAAAUCAUUCUUUGGAAAUAGCAACCUAACCACUCACAAACGUAUUCAUACAGGAGAGAAACCAUAUCAGUGUGAUAUCUGUGGUAAAUCAUUCUCUGGAAAUAGCGACCUAACCACUCACAAGCGUAUUCAUACAGGAGAGAAACCAUAUCAUUGUGAUAUCUGUGGUAAAUCAUUUUCUGGAAAUAGCAACCUAACCACUCAUAAACGUAUUCAUACAGCAGAGAAACCAUACCAUUGUGAUAUCUGUGGUAAAUCAUUCUCUCAGAAUCAAAACCUAACGAGUCACAAACGUAUUCAUACAGGAGAGAAACCUUAUCAGUGUUAUAUCUGUGGUAAAUCAUUCUCUCAAAAUCACAACUUAACCACUCACAAAUACAUUCACACAGGAGAGAAACCGUAUCAUUGUGAUAUCUGUGGUAAAUCAUUCUCUAGAAAUGGCGACCUAACCACUCACAAACGUAUUCAUACAGGAGAGAAACCAUAUCAUUGUGAUAUCUGUGGUAAAUCAUUCUCUGAAAGUAGUCAUUUAAUUAAACAUAAACGCAUUCAUAGUAAAGAGAAGCCGUAUCACUGUGAUAUCUGUGGUAAAUCAUUCUCUUUAAAUCAUCACUUGGCUAAACACAAACUUAUUCAUACAGGAGGGAGGCCAUAUCACUUCGAUAUCUGUGGAAAGUCUUUUUCACAGAGCGAUGUCUUAAUCAAACACAAACGUGUUCACACAGGAGAGAAGCCAUACGUGUGUGAUAUCUGUGGUAAAUCCUUCUCUCAGAACCAUACCUUAAUUUCUCACAAACACAUUCACACAGGAGAGAAGCCUUAUCACUGUGAUGUAUGUGAAAAGUCUUUCUCUCAAAAAGGUAACUUAACUACUCACAAACAUAUCCACGCAGGAAAGAAACCAUAACACUGUGAUAAUUCUAUUACUCUCUCUCUCUCUCUCUUUUACUUGUUUCAGUCAUUUGACUGCGGCCAUGCUGGAGCACCGCCUUUAGUUGAGCAAAUCGACCCCAGGACUUAUUCUUUGUAAGUCCAGUACUUAUU